UGUAAGCAGACGACAGCCCUGCGCGAUAGCCUCGCUCGAUCACUCAUUCUGUCCGCCGCUGUGAUUUCGUCUGCCGCAACAGGUGAAUACGGUCACGGAUUCGUCACUGCUUGCUCAAUUUUGCAGACGACUGGCGAACACUCUUGUUGUCGAUAAAAGAUUGAACCAAUUGGUUUCAGUUUUAACGAGAAACUGCUGUUUCAAGCUCUGUAUCUGUUCAGGAAACAUCCGUGCCUUCGCCUCAGUACGAGAUUCACACCGACAUCAUGAUCGAGAGGUUGCUUGUGUUAUUCCUUGCUUUCGUCGCGUCGACGCCCGCCGUCGUUUGGGGGCAGGAGACGGAGACAGACAUGGCGAUGCUCGGGAUGAGCUCCCGCACGUACCCGCUCGACCUCAGCGGUCGCCCCAAGGAAUCAGUAUGCGUCGAAAUCCCGGAGGAUCUGAGCUUAUGUCAAAAUAUUGGAUACACAUCCAUGCGGAUGCCGAAUCUCUUGGAGCAUGACACCCUUGAUGAGGUAAAAAACCAAGCUAAGAGCUGGAUUCCUCUUCUCCUCCAGCACUGUCACGAAGGCACCCAGCUCUUUCUCUGUACGCUCUUCGCUCCAGUAUGCCUUGUCCUCGACCGCCCUAUCUACCCGUGUCGGUCGCUCUGCGAGGAGGUCCAAGCCGGCUGCGGUCCCCUGAUGGAGUCCAACUGCUUUCCUUGGCCGGAUAUGCUCAGGUGCGACAAGUUUCCCGAGGACAACGAUCUCUGCAUCCGACUGAACAUGCGGAAUCAGAACGGGACCGUCGAGGCUCAGCCGUUUGAGAUGUCUGCAGGUACGGGACGUUCCGGUAAAAUUUAGUGAUAGAUUACUAAUAUUUU